AUGACAUCGGUGGGCUUCAAUGUUUUAUGGCUAUUAUGUGUCGUCCUAUUACUCGUAGCAUUCUACCUUGCUAUUCGGAGGCGAAGGUUAGCUGCGAGACAAGAAGCUGCAGAGGCAGCAGCAGCAGCAGCAGCAAUGCAGCACAGCUUAGCUAGAAUCACUUCCAAUUCUUUAAAUACCCAUCGUCAUCAAAUAGUCAUCCAUAUACCAUCUUACAACAAUGCUGCCGACAGACCACCAGCUUUCGAUGAUGACCUACUACCACCACCUCCUCCUUCGUAUCAAGAUUUCCGUAAGGACAUACCUGUUGAUGCAGUGGCGUCUUUCCCGCAACUGAAUCAGCCUCCGCCACCACCAUCGCCAAUAGUAGCUUCUUCAGGAAUACAAGAGCCUCUGCCACAACCGCUGCAGCAACAACAUCAACGAGAACGAUAA